UUCAAGUUCCUUCACCGAUUUCACUUGUCCGUUGAAUGACUUUGAUUUCCUUACAGACCUGCAGCCCUCAAUCCAGAUCACAGAUUAUCCAGCCAAUUGCAGUGGCUGCGUCUGUAUACUGUGGAAGUAUUACCUGUGCUGAUGAUGAGUAUUGUGACAAUGAUGCUGUCUGCCAGUGUAAUUCAACUCUCUAUCCAUUCAUACGAGGAAGCCUUCCCUCUCCAAAUUUUACUUGUACUGGAGCAUAUUUUAAUAUACAAGUGUCAAAAUGUUGGUUGGAAGCAAACGGUUACAAUACAUCUGAUAUCAGGCUGAACAGCACCGAGUAUUUUGCAGUAAGGGAGGUUGUGAGUGGAACAUCGGAGAUGAGCAUUUAUCGUCCAUUGAUAGCCUCUGACUGUAACACUGAAGCUGUGGUGAAUGCGACUCAUGUCACCUACAGUAACCAGCUGUAUAUUUUUGCCAAGACGGAUCCGAUUACAACACGAAAUGACGUCGCCAUGAAUAUUUCCUGCUCUUACUCUCUGAAUAUGAAUGUCAUUCUUAAUGUGACUCUGCACCCAAUAAUCGGGUAA